ACUAUAUAAAAGGAAAGGGAUGUAACGAGGUCAACACACCAAGUUCGUGUCAGGGCGAAUUCAACAAUGAUCACUGCAUACAACCCUAUUAAACUAUACACGCAUUAAAAGCCAAUAGAUUUACCUACAAAAUGAGACACAGAUCACAAAAAUCGAAGUAGUACUUUGGGUGCUAGGGCCUUCGGAACGUCGAAAAAUCAUGAUUUUUCGAUUCCGAGCCAAAAUCCCUGCUCAGAAUUUGUACCGCAAACUUACCGAAUUUAUUUUUUAUUGCAUCGUGUACGCUCACACCGCGCACCAAAACACGCUGAUUCGAUGGCACCUGUCUCCGUGCUGAUCGCCAGUCGUUCCGAGACUCAUAAACUUUACAGUCAUAAUCGGUUUACCUAUGUUUAUACAUCGCGAUCGGGCUUGAGCCAUACCCUUUCGCCAUUGACGACCUUGGCCUUCGCCUACCCCGCACCGAACAUAGCCUCCCAUCUGAUUGGCCAAACAAGGGAGGUAACUGAAGAGCGUAAACAAGCAUGGUCAGACGACAAUGUCAACAUGACACUGACUGACAAGCAGAAAGCAGCCCUCGAAGUCGCUUUAUCGCGACAUAAUUUGGCGAUACUUGGUCAAGCGGGUGUCGGAAAGACAUUUCUUCUCAACCACAUCAAGGAUGAACUGAAACGAAACGGUCUGCAAGUCGUCGUGACGUGCACAACCGGAGUUGCUUGUGCCAAUUAUUCCGUAAGUGCUAGCACAUUUGAUCCAUUCUACAGGUCCCACAGGUUAAUGUAUUUUCCUUACCAGGUAUUAUUUUGGUGUUUCAGCUACAAGAUGCUGUGUGAAGUAGAAGCAGUUUGCCGAAUGGCUAGGAAGAGCCAACAGAUGUUUGGGGGACUGCAGGUGAUUGUAUGCGGGGAUUUCUUCCAGCUCCAACCUGUGCCAAAUACACUGUAUGGUGACAGAGGCGACUUUGCAUUCAGUGGACCUUUAUGGAACAAUGCUUUUCCACAUCAUAUCAUUCUUGAUAAAGUUGUCAGACAGAGUGAAAUCCAGCUGAUAACUGCUGUGAGGGAAACAAGUCGUGGGAUAGUUUCACAGGACACUGUUGACUUUCUAGAAAGUCUGUCUCAGCCACUGGAAGGUCCAGAGCAUGUUGUGAGAGUCUUUUCCACCAACCAGCAAGUAGAUAUGCACAAUCAGAGGACACUAAUGGACCUACAAGGAGAACUGAAAAUAUUCUACAGCGAAGACUGGGGUGAGAAAAAACACUUGGAUAGGAUUGUGGCGCCAAAGUGUCUGUGGCUGAAAGUAGGAUGCCAGGUUAUGCUGCUGAGGAACCUGUCAGACAAUCUUGUCAAUGGAAGCAUUGGUGUUGUCACUGAAAUCUCUCAGGAUUGCAUUUAUGUUGAUUUUCCAAGGAGCUCAUCUAAGAUAGAGAAAUAUACAUUUGGAGUUUGUAUGAUUUCAGUUUAUGACCCAAGGCUCAAGUCAGAUGUUGCCAGAAGAUUACAGUUUCCACUAAAACUGUGCUAUGCCCUCACAGUGCACAAAUGUCAAGGAAUGACAAUUGACAGAUUGGAGAUUGACUGUGAUAAUAUGUUUCGACCUGGUCAGCUUGGAGUUGCAUUAGGUCGUGCACGAAGGAUUGAUGGACUUAGGGUCACUAAGUUUGAUGUAUGUGCUGUUAUCCCCCAACAUGACAUCCUUUUUGAAUUUUAUGAAAGGGAAUCUGUGCCAAUCCUGGACAACAACGCUUGCUGCCAACUUUCAUAUGAAAGCACAUCUGGAGAGGAUUUCAUGUCCCCAGUGGCAGAUAGAACCAUCGAUGUGUUCGAUAUUGCUGAUGAUUUCAACUUGAUAAAAGCCUAUGAAGACUGCAUUAGCAAAAUCCCAGAGGAUGACAGUGAGGAAGAACUUGAUACAGUUGAGAGCACCUAUGAAGUACAUGAUGCAUUGUCAAUUCUCAGAUCUGUUCGCCCCAAAUAUGACAUCACAGAAUUUCAGAAGGAGGUGAAUGUUCAAAUUAGUUUGGGAGAAAAAAAUCCAGAAAGAGUUGCUCACUACUGUUCACUUGUGGAAAAUUUCAUCUCCAAAGCCUAUGCACAAACUGUUGAUGUUAAUUGCAAAAGUGAAACUAUUAACAAGUUCUACAAAAUCUGCCAUGACUAUCUGACAACAUCAAAAUACAAAGUUGCUGUGGUGAAUUUGUUUGGAUCCCAGGGUGAUGUUGAGUAUCACAUAUGCUACAAAAUGUUUCUGAGUUUGAGAGAGCGAUUCCUCAAGCAUAAGAGUGAAGAUGCGAAGCACCUUGCUGAGGAAGAUGUCAAUCCUAGAAGUUGUGUGGACAUUAAUGACGCAACAAGAGGCAAAAUACGUUAUGUAGCUGGAUAUUGCUUCAGAAAACUUCAUCAGAAAUGUGCCAGUAAUGUUGCCAACAACAUAUUCAAGGCUAAGGCAGGUUCACUGGAGAUUGUAAAGAAUGAGUAUAAGAAAAAACAAAUGAUAGAAAUGGCUUUGAGGAAUCAGAGACAGAUUGUGUCUGAGACAAGUGACCCAGCCAGUUUAAAAGAAAUAAGAAGAAAACAGAAUAUCAGAGAAGGUCUCAUAAAUAUUAGUGAUUCUGGCUUUGAGUUUGCCAUGCAAGUCAGUAAGAUAUGCAUACAUUUGCAAACAGAAAGAAAUCUGCAUGAGUAUGGUAGAAAUUUGCAUUGGUUUGUGGUGGAGUCUCUCAAAGGAAAAGCAGAACUGUUUGAGAAGUGGAUGAAUGUGUUUAAAAUGAAGUCACACUCAACAGAGACUGUUACAAGGGUUCCUAGAGUCAUGGCAGAGGCAGAGGCAGAGGCAGAGGCAGAGGCAGAGGCAGAGGCAGAGGCAGAGGCAGAGGCAGAGGCAGAGGCAGAGGCAGAGGCAGAGGCAGAGGCAGUGGCAGUGGCAGUGGCAGAGGCAGAGGCAGAGGCAGAGGCAGUGGCAGUGGCAGAGGCAGUGGCAGAGGCAAAGGCAAAGCCUUGA